AAAAACUCUGAAAAAGUCCCAGUGGUUCUGCACUAGCUGGUACUGCCCAGCUGUGAGCCAGUGCAUGAAGCUGUCCUGAGUCCUUGCUCAAGGUAAGUACCAUACUUUAUUUAUAAAAAAUGAUCAAUAAAUAAUAAACUUAUCAUUUCACACAGCCCACCAGCUAGGACAUCAAAAAUCAAAGACAAGUCACAUUUAAUGACACAGAAAGUGUCUGCCUACCCAACACUGGUUAUAAAUGAGGUGCCUGUUCUGCAAGGACAACAUCAGCUCUUUGAGCUCAGCUCAGCUGAACUUUCACCUCAUUGCUCAGUCAAUGUUAUGGGAAGGCCAAGAAAGUCCCACCACAAACACAGGGUAAGGCAGGGGCGGGAUGCAGCACCUGGGCAGGUACAGACACAGCAGGGUGAGCUCGACAAACACCAAAAAAACCCCUUUAACUUAUUAUCACCCCUUUAACAAAUUCCCUUUAACUUCAGUGGGGAGCACAGCAGAGCUCAGAGAUCACACCUGUCCUCUGCCCGCUCCUCUGCCUCUCAAUCACCUCGGGCAGGAGAAAUUGUGAACGUCAAACACCUGAAGGGAGAUCUGAGUCUGAACCGAUCUGUUCUGAGCAGCUGCUCCAAUCUUCCACCAAGAGACAACUUCCAGUGCCUCAGCUUGAUUGCAAACGUGCCCAGGUGUGUGCAGGUGUGCCCAGGUGUGUGCAGGUGUGCUCAGGUGUGUGUGCAGAUGUGCCCAGGUGUGUGCAGAUGUGCUCAGGUGUGUGUGCAGAUGUGCCCAGGUGUGUGUGCAGAUGUGCUCAGUGUGUGUGCAGAUGUGCUCAGGUGUGUGUGCAGAUGUGCCCAGGUGUGUGCAGGUGUGCCCAGGUGUGUGUGCAGAUGUGCCCAGGUGUGUGUGCAGAUGUGCCCAGGUGUGUGCAGGUGUGCCCAGGUGUGUGUGCAGAUGUGCUCAGGUGUGUGCAGGUGUGCUCAGGUGUGUGUGCAGGUGUGCCCAGGUGUGUGUGCAGGUGUGCCCAGGUGUGUGUGCAGGUGUGCUCAGGUGUGUGCAGAUGUGCUCAGGUGUGUGCAGGUGUGCCCAGGUGUGUGCAGGUGUGCCCAGGUGUGUGUGCAGGUGUGCCCAGGUGUGUGUGCAGAUGUGCUCAGGUGUGUGCAGGUGUGCUCAGGUGUGUGUGCAGGUGUGCCCAGGUGUGUGUGCAGGUGUGCCCAGGUGUGUGUGCAGAUGUGCCCAGGUGUGUGCAGGUGUGCCCAGGUGUGUGUGCAGGUGUGCCCAGGUGUGUGUGCAGAUGUGCUCAGGUGUGUGUGCAGAUGUGCUCAGGUGUGUUCAGGUGUGCCCAGGUGUGCUCAGGUGUGCCCAGGUGUGUGUGCAGAUGUGCUCAGGUGUGUGUGCAGGUGUGCCCAGGUGUGUGCAGAUGUGCCCAGGUGUGUGCAGAUGUGCCCAGGUGUGUGCAGGUGUGCUCAGGUGUGUUCAGGUGUGCCCAGGUGUGCUCAGGUGUGCCCAGGUGUGUGUGCAGGUGUGCCCAGGUGUGUGCAGGUGUGCCCAGGUGUGUGUGCAGAUGUGCUCAGGUGUGUGUGCAGGUGUGCCCAGGUGUGCUCAGGUGUGCCCAGGUGUGUGCAGAGCAGGGCCUUGGUUCAGCCCAGCCCAGAAGGCAGCUCUGGGGGCAGAGGCAGGUGCAGGUGAUGUCAGCCCACAGUGGGCAGAGCUGACCCAGCCCCACAGGCACCACGGGGAAGGUGGGAAAGUCUCACCUGAGCUCUGCUGGCUGCCUCCCCUUGCCUGGAAAGUCUCAGUAACAAACCCUGUUCCCACUGAACCACAUCCCCAACUUUAAUUUUAUGCUCCUGUGGAGGAUUUUAUUUAAAGUAAUGUUUAAAAGUAAUUUAUGUAAAUUACCUAAGAGCAGAAGCAGCAAUGUAACAUUUCUUGACAGGUAGUCCUAUUAGCAUUCUUUUAAAUUGUGGAUAUGGAGGACAAAAACUUGGAAACAUGUAAAGGAUAGAAGAAAUGAGAUCCUUAUUCACAGUUACAGUACUUAGGGCUGAGGAUAAUUUCAGGAAAAAAUGCCAAACUGAGUCCAGAACAUAAAAUCUGAGAAAAUGCGGGAGAGAGAAAAAGCAAAUGGAAAAAUCCCAGGAGGGGGCAAUUAAGGACUUCCCAGCUUCAUCCUCCUCCUCCUCCUCCUCCAGUGAGACGCCACAGGUCCCUCCAGUCCCCCUGGAAGCCAGUGGGGCCACUGACUGUGAGCUGGCUGGGAUUUCCCUGGAGGAGCUGCUCUGCUGUACCUGCGACAUUUGCACCAAGGUUCUUGCACUCCCAUAUUUUGUUGUAGCUUCAGUUUUGGUGAAAGAGGGGUAAAAUCCACCAAUGGCUUUCAGCCCAAGUGGAGGAGGUGAUCUGUAUCCUAGCUUAUACCUGGGGCCAUCCACACUUCCAACAAAAACCCCUUUACUCCCUCCCAGGAGUGGGGAUCAUCAAGGUGCAGGUGGCAGCAGAAGCCAGGGUGAGAGCUGAGGCUCAGCUGAGAGCCCCAGCCCAGAGAAAUGGGAGCAGACCCUCUCCUGUCCCUGCAGGAGCUCCCACCUUCCCUUUCCAUGGGCAUCAUCUCAACAGCCACAUCCACAACCCAGCUUUCUGCUGCUAAUUGACCAAUCACCCCUAAGAAAAUGUCAGCUCCUCUGUGUAGCACCUCCAAUAAAUCCUGUCUGAUAUUUGCAGAGACACAGGAACACAGGUAUCCAGGAGAUAAAAGCUGGAAAAUGAGUGCACUGAGUAAAAAAAGGGUGAAUAAUUCCUCAAUUACCACGAGAGCUGCACUGGUGCCACAGCUCACACAGAAUGCAAAUAGGAUGCAUGGUUAAUAUAUUAUUUAUAUAAUGAAAGUAAGUCUGCAAUUAAAGCAGUGAUUCUCAACCAGCA